UUGGCUCAGAGCUUUGCAAUUCCACCAUCCGUGGCAGUAGGUGGAAAGGUCAGCAGCAUGUCUGAGGUUGAAGAGACCUUGAAUCGUAUCAAGACUCACAAAGGGGUCUCAGGCAUAGUCAUCGUCAACAGCGAGGGUGUUCCAAUGCGUUCCACGCUUGACAGCAAGCAAACUCUGCAGUACUCGGCGCUGAUUUCCCAGCUUGCGGCAAAGGCCCGCAGCGUCGUCCGUGAACUUGACCCACAGAAUGACUUGACCUUCCUGAGGAUUCGAUCGAAGAAGCAUGAAAUUAUGGUGGCUCCUGAUCGGGAAUACAUCCUGAUUGUCAUUCAAGAUCCCAACGCUGACCAAGGAAGCUAACAGGCUGAAGCAUGCUGACGGAGCGGCUGCUCCAGGUGAACGCUUCCAUUGGCAUUGUGCGAUUAAAGACUCAUCUAGCACUGCUGGGACCGCUGCAGAGAGAGCCCAUACAAGGUCGCACCCCUCGACAAUCCUUCAUGGUCCUUGUUACGUUGAAACGUCACUGAGGCUGCAUGGCUUCCCUCGUGAUUUCAAUUUACAUGCAAACACGCACCCCAGCAGCCAAACACUGGCAUGCCGAAAGUGCGCCAGGCAGCCUCUCCAGCGGGAGUUUCACCAACGAUUGCAUGAAUUGCAUGCUGGAC